AUGACGGACCCUGGGACGCCCACUGCCAAGACCCGCAAGUUUUGGGCGACGGGGAUGUCGGCGGCCGCGGCGGAGGAGCACCUCUGCCUGCGGAUCCUCUACACCUUGCGGCCGCACGUCGUCAAGAGCGCCGCGUUCAUGACGUUGGAGUUCUGCGAGUACAAGAACAGGAUCCUCGCGUCUCGCGAGAAGAACUGCUUUGUCGGCGGGAGCGUCGACCGCGAGUUUGCCCGCGCCUCGGCGGCGGCGGGCGCGACGGCCGACACGGGGCGCCGCAGCGAGUCGGCGGCGGCGGGUUGGGGCGGCGCGGAGCGCACCGCGGCGUCGCACCAGCCGGCGCACCUGGGCGCGCAACUGCAGCGGCAGCUUGCAUACGCGUUCGAGGCGGGGCGCAGCGGCGCGCAGUGGCACAGCUCAGAAACCGCGCUGGAGGCCGUUUGCGCCCGCUUUGGCAAGCUGCCAGAGACGGUCACGCUGGACGAGGUGACCAUCCCCACAUAUGACGAGGUGCGGGCAAGGAGGGCACUGGUUGGCUGCGUGCCGCCCGGCACAACUGUUGUCAUGGUGCCUGCAGCCAGCGGCGGCACUGGCGGCGGCGCUGGCGGCGGCGCUGGCGGCGGCACCGGCGGCGGGGCCGCCGGCGGUACCGACGGCGGCGCCGGUGGCGGCAUCAGCGGCGGCACCGGCGGCCGCACCGGCGGCCGCACCCGGGGCGGCACCGGCGGCGGCACCGGCGGCGCCCCCGGCAGCGGCACUGUUGCCAUAGUGCUACCGGGCGCGGAGCGGCCGCUGGUGCUGCCUGGUGGCGAGUGCACCGUGCUGCGUUGCUACGCGGCCUUCGUCACGAUAACCGGCAACCAGGGAGAGGAAGUAUACGGCUUUGCCCUGCACCGCCAGCCCGACCAGGCCGCUCAGGCGGCCGGCUGUUACCUCCUGUCAGCCGCGGAGCCGCAGGCGCGCGCAAAGUGCCACGCCAGCGCGCCGCGCGACCGCAGCGACGGAUUCUACGGGGGCGGCGGCGGGCGCGUCGCCGCAGCGUAUGAGGAGGGCGAAGAGGCUGUGCAGCCACUGGCGGCGGCGGCGGCGGCGGAUGAGGGCGCGGCGGCCGCGGCGGCGGGCGAGGAUGAGGGAGCAGCGGCCGGCGGAGCGGCGGCGGCGGGGGACGGCGGUGAUGCAGCCGUGCCGGCGGCGUUGAUUGACGGCGAGGCCGCCGCCGCGGCGGGCGUGGAUGAGGGCGCGGCCGCGGCGGCCGUCGCAGUGCAGGCGGCGGUGGAGGACGGUGGGGCCGCCUUGGCGCUCGCGGCCGCCGGCGGCUGGGCCCCGGAGGCGGCGAUGGUGGACGGGGCAGAAGGCGCGGCGGUGGCGCUGGACGACAGCGGGGACGAGGCGCCAGCAGCGGCGGUCGACGACGGCGGGGCUUUCGCGCCCGUGGCGGGGCAGGAGGGCGGGGGCGGGGCGGCGGUGGAGAUGGAGGUGGACGAGGCGGACGGCGGGCAGGACCUGUCAGAGGUGGUGAGGAGGUGGCAGCACGCAGGACAGCAGUACGACUUCUAUGAGGACGAGGAGCAGCGCGGCGGCGGCAGGGCGCAUAACGAUCAGCUCCGGAGGGCGCUCCCUGCAGUGUCUGAAGAGGUGGGGGAGGACGAGGCAGAGGAUGAGGAUGAAGAUGACGGUGAAACGCAGGCAGACAGGCUGGAGCUGCAGGGGCAACGCAGGCCGCGGCAGCGCCGGCAGGAGGUUGAACAGCAACUGCGGGAUCAGGAGGUCGAGGAGGUCGAGGGCGACCGCCGCCGCAGCCCAGACCCGAGCGGCUCAGCUGGGCCUGACGCGCCGUCUGGGCAAGCCCGCGAGGGCUACGCACCGGCGCGGUACGGCUUGGUGCUGCUGCCCAGCGCGAACCUGCUGCGCGGGGUGCUGCGCAGGAUGGCUGCACUUGAGGAGCGCCACGGUGGUGGCUUUCAUAGCGCCCCGGACGUCCUCCUGGCCCUUGACCUGUAUUUCAAGCAGCAGCAGCAGGUGGUGGAGGUCGGCGUGCAGCAGCUUACCAUCGACCUUUCAGCGCCUGACGCUGAGGCGGUCCUGCGCCAGCACCUGCCUGAUGGUGUUGUGCUGCAAAGGUUUGAGCGGCCCCGUGGAAAGCCUGGCCCUCCCCUGCAGCUGCGCACCGCCCCCGACGGCCGCCAGGUCACCGCGCUCUACUGCGCAAACGAGGUUGCUGUGCUCUAUCGCGUCACCAUGGCGGUGAAAGCGCCGCCGACAUCGGAUCAAAACCCCGAGGUGAUUAUCAAGUGGCUGGGCAGGUAG